GGCUCCUCCAAGCCGCCGCCGCCGCCGCGGUACGUGAUGCUGACGGAGGAGUACGGCGCGGACUCGCUGGUCCCUCCCCCGCGCAACGGCCGGCGCCGCACCAGCGACGGCAACCCCGACGACGGCGGCGGCUUCUGCAGCUGCAGCUGCUGCUGCGCCUGCAUCUGCUGGUGCUGCUGCUUCCUCUUCCUCCUCGUCUUCGCCGCCGCCGCCUCCGCCGCCUACUUCGCGUACCUCUACAAGCCCCGCGCCCCUUCCUACUCCGUCUCCGGCAUCUCCGUGUCCCGCUUCGACGUCAGCGCCUUCGACCUCACCGUCUACGCCAGGCUCGUGGCCACCGUCCGCGCCGAGAACCCCAACGCCAUGAUCGGGAUCGGCUACGGGGAAGGGUCCCGCACCGCGGUCUCCUACCGGGGCACCACGCUCUGCUCGGGCACGCUGCCGGUGUUCUACCAGGGGUACCGCAACACCACGGUGAUGGAGAUCGCCAUGGAAGGCAGGCACGGGUUCGGGUCCGGCCUGCAGAGCGCGCUGGAGGAAGGCGAGAAGGCCGGCCAUGUCCCGCUGGAUGUCUACGUCAGCGUGCCAGUCACGCUGCGGCUGGGGACGUUUGAUCUCCGGCAGGUUACGGUGAACGUGCACUGCGCGCUCGUCGUCGACAGCCUCUCGCCCAAGAAGAAGCCGGCCAUCAAAUCGGCGCACUACUGGCCCUACGUAGAGUUUUGAGAUUCCCCUUUUGCUGCUUUAGUGUUUUUUUUUGGCGACUUCGGUUGACAGGGAGGAGAAUUGUGUGGGAGAGAACACGUGAGGUUCUUCGGUUAGUGAUUUACCCGUGGGGAUUGGCAGGGAUUAUUGGGUGCCAACCCUCUCCAAACCCGAGGCCUACGGGGAUGGGGAGAACUGAACGGGCCCGAAGAGUUUGGAUUUGGAUCAUCCAACCAAAGCUUAGAGAUUUGUGCAAUCUUCCUGUGACGGGAAAUUUUCAAUCCAAGUGCACGAAGCAAGGCUGGUAAUGCCCAUGUUCGAACCUGGACAAAAAUUAGCUCACUAAUUUUUUUUCUCGCGAAAGAAUCCUACGUUCUCAAUCUUUAAUCAUCCCUCUGUUCCGAUGUUCUAGCUUUUUCUUAAGAAACUUAAGUUGAUCAAAUUUAUCUCUAUCUCUGUUUCCACUGGUCUCUAUCUCUAUCUCUGCCAGUUCAUGCACAUUGAUCAAACGGCCUGUAUUCUUUUGUUCUCCACCCGGUAAUUACGGGCUCUCCCGUCGCAUCCCCCGCACCGCACGGCCCUAUCCCGAAGCGUUUCUUUUUCUUUCUUCUUGAUCCUCCACGCCGUCACAUGUCUUCCUUCCCCUCCCUGACCCCAACCGCAUGGACGCUCCCUCCUCCUUCCCCUCCCCCGACGGCCAUACUCCCUCCAUAUCCUUCCCCCGCAUGGCUCCUCCUCCUCCAGCACAUCCCCUCGAGGCCUCGACCCCCCCCCCCCCCCCCUUCCUCUCAGCCCAGCUAAUCGGGAUCCACCCCUCCGAUGCCAUUGAGCUUGGUUCAGAUAAGAAGGUAGCCAUAUUUAUACUCUUGUAACUGUCUCCUCUCCUUUUCUCCCAAAGUACCUCCUGUGCGUCUGAGAUUGUUUGACUGAAUGGGAAUCAAAGUGCUGAUUUCAGAACUCGAACUCUGGUCACUAAGCAUCAAAUUUACAAGCCAUGUUACAUUGUUACUAAAUCCAAUUUAGCACUAUUGCCCGCUUAAUACUUUCAAUCUGAAUGCUCUUCUGUGCUUGGUUCAUAUUUAAACUAACAAUUCUGAAUUGAGUGAUGUGUCGUGAUAGUGCGAAACCACAAUAGUUAAGCAUUUUCGAGUUACAAAUGCUUAAUGAUGAAUUCUAUUUUCAGUUGCACGCAUCCCAAGAAAGUAUUCUUACUGCUUGUAGCUUGCUUAGGAUGUUCUUUCUAGAUUCUGAGUGGAUUCCUUGAUCAAUCAUUUUUACAUGAGUAGAGUUUGAAGCCGUGGAAACAACUAUAGAGACGAAUGCAUAAGUACAUUUUACAUACGUACGCUUUCUGUUUCUAUUCAUAGUGGAUUCCUAUCGAGUAACCAUGCUUUUUCUUUGGCCCGUAUUGGAAAAGAAAAAUCUACAGCCUUUCAUCUGUUUUCUACGGUACUUAUCGUACAUGUUUUUAUCCGGGGUAUAUACCGUUGUUGUGUAAGAUCAUGGAGAAUGCCUUGUACAUUGAUCAACCUGAGAGAUUACAAGUUUUUGCUUGAAAUGUAUAUGUGCCAAACCUAUAUUCUUCAGAGGACUGAAGAAAUCAUCUGAGAAGCGUCACUGUCAGAGCAGCAAUGAGGGUCAAUUGACUAAAAUUUUGAUCAGGCUUCGUAUGGGAUAUUUCAGCAAUAGAGUUACCAUCAUUUGUAAACAUAAUAUUUUAGUCAGAUGAGCAGCAGUAGCAAGGCGAAUAACAAUGUUGGGGUAUCCUUUGUUUGACAAAUUGUCAGUGUGCUUGAAUAAAGUUUACGAAACAUUAUAUGACUUCUGUUUUAUGUAAAUGUUCAUCAUUCUAUGUGUAAGCUAAUAACUAUGCCUGUGAUGAUGGAUA